GAUAAGCGUAGCAAAUAUGAGUGGCAACAUAGGCCCGUGUGCUUUUUUGAGAGAGACCCAGAUAGGGAACUUGCUCUGUUUACGCGAGAGGACAACACGCGAUCAUUUAGGGGAAAAAAUGUUGAAGAAAGUGCGUCUCUUGAAGCUUUUGGUAGUGAGUUUGGUGGUUGCAGUUUCUGGUGCAGAUAAAUACAGUAGGCAUGACUUCCCUCCUGGUUUUGUGUUUGGUGCAGGCACUUCAGCUUAUCAAGUUGAAGGUGCGGCAGACCAAGAUGGGAGGACUCCAAGUAUAUUUGACACCUUUGCCCAUUCAGGAAUAAUGGAUGGAGCCACCGGCGAUGUUGCAUGUGAUCAGUAUCACAAAUAUAAGGAAGAUGUCCAACUCAUGGUGGAGACUGGCUUAAACGGGUACAGAUUUUCCAUCUCAUGGUCAAGGCUCAUUCCAAAUGGAAGAGGAUCUAUCAAUCCAAAGGGCUUGCAGUACUACAACAACCUCAUCGACGAAUUAAUUAGAAAAGGCAUUCAACCCCAUGUGACACUACAUCAUGUGGAUCUGCCGCAGGCUCUUGAAGAUGAGUAUGGAGGAUGGAUAGACCAAAAGAUAGUGAAAGACUUCACGGAUUAUGCUGAUGUAUGCUUCAGAAUGUUCGGGGAUAGAGUCAAAUACUGGACGACUUUCAAUGAGGCCAAUGUUUUUGUGCUGGCAGGUUACAACAUUGGUUUUUUGCCGCCCAUGCAUUGCUCGUUUCCAUUUGGAUAUUACCAUAACUGCUCCAAAGGCAACUCUUCCACUGAGCCUUACCUGGCCGCCCACAAUAUCCUGUUAGCACACGCAUCGGCUGCUAGACUGUACAAGAAGACUUACCAGGACAAACAGAAGGGAUUCAUUGGGUUCAACCUUUUCUCUUACUGGUUCAUUCCUUUCACAAACAAAACUGAAGACGUCAUCGCGACUCAAAGGGCCAAUGACUUUUAUGUGGGGUGGUUUGCAGAUCCCCUGGUAUAUGGGGACUAUCCAGAUGUUAUGAAGAAGAAUGUGGGAUCAAGACUCCCUUCCUUCACGACUCAUGAAUCCAAAAGAAUCAAGGGUUCAAUUGACUUCUUUGGAAUCAAUUUUUACAGUGUACUGCACAUCAAGGACAAUCCCGAAAUCCUAAAGAUGGAUCCAAGGGACUACAAUGCAGAUACAGCUGUUGAGAUGAUAUUUGUGCAGGACAAUACAUCAUCUCCUUCGGUCGAGUUUCCUGUUAUUCCAUCGGGUCUGCGAGGUGUCCUGGACUACUUCAAGCGAACUUAUGGGAAUCCCCCUAUUUUCAUCCAUGAAAACGGUCAACGCACGCUGAGGAAUGCUACCCUAGAAGACUGGCCGAGGGUGAAAUCUUUGCACGGCUAUAUCGGUGCUUUGCUUGAUUCCGUGAGGAACGGAUCGGACGUGCGAGGCUACUUCACGUGGUCUUUCCUAGAUCUCCUCGAGCUGUUGGAUGGCUACCAGGCGGGCUUCGGCCUGUACUACGUGGACUUGGAUGAUCCUGAGCUGAGAAGAUACCCGAAGCUCUCAGCUCGGUGGUACUCGCGCUUUCUGAAGGGAGGGAUCGUGGGCUCUGAUGGCUUCAUCGAACUCGAGAGGAAUUUCUCAUCAACUUACUCAUCUGCUGAAGUCUUCAAAUCAUAUUCUUCUUAUGUACUUAUCAGCAACUCUACAUUCCUAGUCGUAUCCGGGGUGAUAGUUUCAGGAUCGGUGGAGGUUCCACCUGAAACUUAGAACUUGCGUUGUCACAAGUUCCGGGAUCUACUCAAGUUUGGCCCGUAUUCUUAUUUAAAAUUUUUUAGUGAAUUAUCACCUCUAAUGACUAUUAUUUGUUAUUACAA